GGAUAUCUCUGGACACGGGGCAGCUAAGGUCCACUAUAAAAGCCAGCCCAGCUCCAUGCUUCCUCAUCCACUUCUCUGGCCUUCUCCUCCUUGGGAACCAGGUGCACCUCCUGCCCCCAGACAUGUCCUGCUACGACAAGUGCCAGCCCUGCCUGCCAUGCCAGCCCUGUGGCCCGACCCCGCUGGCCAGCAGCUGCAACGAGCCCUGCGUCAGGCAGUGCCAGAACUCCACCAUUGUUAUCCAGCCUUCUCCUGUGGUGGUGACCCUGCCCGGCCCCAUCCUCAGCUCCUUCCCGCAGAACACUGUUGUGGGAUCUUCCACCUCCGCUGCCGUUGGCAGCAUCCUCAGCUGUGACGGAGUCCCCAUCAACUCCGGGUGCUGUGACCUCUCCUGUAUUGCCAGUCGCUACUGUUGCCGCCCCUGCUAAAGAUGCCAGACA